CCCCAACCGUCUCUCACCCAAAACCCUAAUUACUCUGAGGUUCAGGAGCUAGGGUUUCUCCCCCGCUCACUAUCUCUUUCCGCCAUGGAAGGCCUCGAUAUGCAUGAGUCCGACGACUUCUGCAACUCGAUCCUCUCCAGAUACAGCAAUUCAACAGAGGAGCACCACCAACACCUCUGCGCAGUCAUCGGCGCAAUGUCGCAGGAGCUCAAGGACCAAAAACUCCCUCUCACCCCCAUCGCCUACUUCGGCGCCACGUGCUCCUCUCUCGACCGCCUCUCGUCCGAGACCGAGCCGCCCGCACACGUGCUCGACUCCCUCCUCACCCUUCUAUCGUUGGUCCUCCCUCGAGUCUCUUCCGCCAUUUUGAAGAAGAAAACCGAGUACGUGUCGGGCGUCGUCGUUCGCGUCCUGCGUUCAAAGUCGAUAACUCCCGGCGCAGCCGCCUCGGGGAUGAAAUGCGUUUCGCACUUGCUCGUCAUCGGAGAGAAGUUCUCCUGGUCCGACGUGUCACCGCUUUAUAAAGUUCUUAUUGAUCACGUAACGGACGACCAUCCAAAGGUUAGGAGACAGGCUCAUAUGUGUCUUCGUGAUGCCCUUUAUAGCUUUCAAGGAACAGGGGUGCUGGCACCUGCUAGUGAAGCCAUCACAAACAUCUUAAAAAGAUUAGUGCUGCUUGCUGGCGGAUCCAAUGCAAGUGCUUCGGAAGGGCCCAAAGGAGCUCAGGAGAUACUAUAUGUGCUGGAUGCUCUUAAAGAUUGUCUUCCUCUUUUGUCCUUGAAGUUCUCAACUAGCAUCCUGACAUACUUCAAAUCUCUGCUGGAACUACAACAACCUGUUGUUAGUAGGCGUAUCACAAAUAGUUUGAAUGCACUUUGUCUCCACCCAAAUUCAGAGGUUUCUCCUGAAGUUUUGCUGGAUCUGUUAUGUGCAUUGGGUCUUUCUAUAUCAGCAAAUGAGAUGUCUGCAGAUGACAUGACAUUCACUGGUAGGCUGCUCGAUGUUGGAAUGUCAAAGAUUUAUGCUCUUAACAGGAAAAUUUGCAUAGUCAAACUCCCUCUUGUCUUCACUGCACUUGGAGAUGUUUUGGCGUUUGAACAUGAGGAGGCCUUAUUUGCAGCCAAAGAGGCUUUCAAAAAUCUAAUAAAUGCAUGUAUCGAUGAAAGCCUGAUCAAACAGGGAGUAGAUCAGAUUAUGACACGGGCAAAUGUAGAUGCAAGAAAAUCAGGGCCAACCAUCAUUGAAAAAGUUUGUGCAACUAUUGAAAGUUUAUUUGAUUAUCGCUAUGCUGCAGUCUGGGACAUAUCAUUUCAGGUUGCUUCGACGAUGUUUGAUAAAUUAGGUGGAUAUUCGUCUUACCUAUUGAAGGGAACGCUUAACAACCUGGCAGAUAUGCAGAAAUUGCCAGAUGAAGACUUCCCUUACAGAAAGCAGCUGCAUGAAUGCAUUGGAUCAGCUCUUGGUGCCAUGGGUCCAGAAACUUUUUUAAGUAUUGUACCUCUGAAGUUGGAGGAUGGAGACCUAUCUGAGGCUAAUGUUUGGCUCUUUCCAAUUCUAAAGCAAUAUACAGUCGGUGCCCAUUUAGACUUCUUUACAGAGUCAAUUUUGGCCAUGGUUGAUAUUUUAAGGAUGAAAUCUCAAGUGCUUGAGCGAGAAGGGAGGAUUUAUUCAUCAAGGAGUGUGGAUGGACUUGUAUAUUCUCUAUGGUCCUUACUGCCUUCUUUUUGCAACUACCCCGUGGAUAUAGCUGAAAGCUUCAAGAACUUAAAGGAGGCAUUAUGCAGGAAUCUUCAAGAGCAACCUGAUAUACGUGGAAUAAUAUGCUCCAGUUUGCAGAUCCUCAUUCACCAGAAUAAGAGUAUUGUGGAAGGAAAAGGUGAUCCAUCUGCUAUUGAAGCAAGCAUUCCCAGACAGCAAGCUAUGGCCCGUUAUACACCACAGGUUGCAGCUGAUAAUUUGGAAGUACUGAAGAAGUCUGCUUGUGAGUUAUUAUCUCUCCUAUCCAAAAUCUUCAUGGAAACUUCAAAGGAUGUUGGUGGAUGCUUGCAGAUCACAAUAAGUGAGCUUGCUUCAAUAGCGGAGAAAAAGUUUGUCUCAAGGUUAUUCGCAAAUAGAAUGACGCGGCUUUUGAAAGUAACAGAAGAAGCUGGCAAAGCAGAAAACUCCCGGAGUUCCAAUCUGAUGCAGAUUGACAACUCAUCCAAUGAAAGUUCACUAUCACUAGUAAGGGCACAAUUAUUUGAUUUGGCAGUGUCACUCUUGCCUGGUUUAGAUGCCAAGGAGAUCGAUCUUUUGUUUGUCGCUAUUAAGCCUUCAUUAAAGGAUGUUGAAGGAUUGGUUCAAAAGAAGGCAUACAAAGUUCUCUCAGUUAUUCUCAAGAACUCUGAUGAAUUUCUUGCAACAAGACUCAAGGAGUUGCUUAGGGUGAUGAUUGAAGUGCUUCCUUCAUGUCAUUGUUCAGCCAAACGUUACCGCCUUGAUUGUUUGUACUUCAUAAUAGUCCAUGUCACCAAGGGUGAUUCAGAGCAGGGGCCACGCGACAUCAUUAGUUCUUUCUUAAUUGAAAUUGUACUUGCACUAAAAGAGACUAACAAAAAAACAAGAAAUAGAGCUUAUGAUAUGCUCGUCCAAAUUGGUCAUGCCUGUGGAGAUGAAGAAAAAGGAGGAAAAAAGGAAAAUUUGCACCAAUUUUUCAACAUGGUAGCUGGAGGCCUGGCUGGCGAGACCCCUCAUAUGAUCAGUGCGGCGGUGAAAGGCUUAGCUCGCUUGGCUUAUGAAUUUUCUGAACUUGUAUCUGCUGCUUACAACGUUCUCCCAUCCACUUUUCUCCUCCUGCAGAGAAAGAACAGGGAAAUUGUUAAAGCUAGUCUUGGUCUUAUGAAGGUAUUAGUAGCCAAUUCACAAGCUGAGGGGUUGCAACUGCACUUAAGUAGCAUGGUGGAAGGUCUGCUGAAGUGGCAAGAUACCAAGAGCCAUUUUAAAGCUAAGAUCAGGUUACUCCUUGAAAUGCUUAUCAAGAAAUGUGGUCUAGAUGCCGUCAAGGCUGUAAUGCCUGAAGAACACAUGAAACUUCUCACUAAUAUACGAAAGAUUAAGGAGCGGAAAGAAAGGAGAGUUGCUCCUAAAUCUGAGGAAAGCAAAAGUCAUCAGUCAGAAGCCACUACAUCCAGGCAGAGUAGGUGGAAUCAUACAAAGAUAUUUUCUGAUUUUGGUGAUGAAACGGACGGUGAUGCAGAUUACAAGGAUACAAAAACAAGUUCUGGUCGAUUGAGCAAGGGUUCUACACUGUUAACCUCCAAAGCAUUGUCACUUCGGUCGAAGAGAUCCCGCAAAGAAGCCAAGAGCUUGCCGGAAGACUUGUUUGACCAAUUAGAAGACGAGCCACUUGACUUGCUUGACCGGCAGAAAACAAGGUCUGCUCUUCGAUCAUCUGAACACCUCAAACGGAAGCCAGAUUCGGAUGAUGAACCAGAGAUAGACUCUGAAGGGCGGCUUAUAAUUCACGAGGGAGGAAAGAAGAAACUGAAGAGGGAGAUGUCACCUGACCCUGAUUCUGAUGCUAGGACCCAAGCAAGUACUCGUUUGUCUGCAAACUCCUCGCAGAUAGCUCAAAAGCGAAGGAAAACAUCGGAUGGUGGGUGGGCUUACAUGGGGAGUGAGUAUGGUAGCAAGAAGGCAAGUGGAGAUGUGAAGAGGAAGGGUAAGCUUGAGCCAUAUGCAUAUUGGCCACUUGAUCGAAAAAUGAUGAGCCGUAGACCAGAGCAACGGGCAGCUGCUAGGAAAGGUAUGGCAAAUGUGGUAAAGUUGACGAAAAAGUUUGAAGGCAAGAGUGUGUCAAGUGCACUUUCCCUCAAGGGCAUGAAGUUUAAGAAAGCGAAAAAGAAAGGAAGCCAGAAGAAAAGUAGGUGAUGAAUGCGAGUUUGCGUUCUGAAUAUCUCCCCAACUCCAAGAGGCUCUCGCAGUUGGGUGGUCACUUGAGCAUUUUUGACUGUUAAUAUGAUAAAUUAAUUUUUUUCUUCUUCUCACAUGUAUGAUGUAUGUUGUAUAAUGCUAGAAACAUGCCAAUAUUCUGAGUUCUGCAUUUUGCUUUUGGAGCUCUAUUUGCCAGUUUCCUAAAUCUUGUGGUUUCGUGGUCCUGAUGUUCAAACUACUGAAUUACUAGAAUGCAAUGAAUUUCCUUGAUGAACUUAAAA